GACGUCAGGGCGCGCGCCCGAGCUGAGGAGCGGGCCGCGGCUCGAGGAGGACCUUCCUCGAAUCUGAUGCGCAGACUCGGCUUCCCCGCCCGCCCGCCGGCCUCGCCGCCGCCUCCCUCGCUCCCUGAGCUCGCAGAGCGCGGGCCAGCGGCCGGGGGCGGAGGCCCGGGGCGACGCGGAGAGGGCGGGCACGGAGAUCGUCUCUAUAUGGCGGCAGUUCUGUCGGGCCUGGCUGUCCGGCUCUCGCGCUCGGCCGCCGCCCGCUCUUAUGGGGUCUUCUGCAAGGGGCUGACCCGCACGCUGCUCAUCUUCUUCGACCUGGCCUGGCGGCUGCGCAUCAACUUCCCGUACCUCUAUAUCGUGGCUUCCAUGAUGCUCAACGUGCGCCUCCAGGUUCAUAUUGAGAUCCACUGAAGGCCGUCCCCUCCUGACAGAGGUGUUACCCUGGGCUCACCACCGCAAAGGACACAAAGCAUGAGGGACAGAAGAAGGACGUUCGGCACCUGCACAGCCAAAGCAACGGGAGAGGGAGGAGAGGACCCGGAUAGACUGCCACACAGCCUCGAGCGGAGUGCGCUGAAGGGGAGCCCUUGCCCCACAGAUUCCCCUUCCGACGGAGAUGGAGAUGGAGAUAGGCAGAGCGAGGCGCUAUCCUGGGAAGCGGAAGCCAAUCUGAAGAAGGCUGGGCUCUUGCUUCCUCCCAGCAACAGGGCCUUUCUGUACUGGAAGGGAUCCAUGGGAAGAAAGUCAGCUGUGGCAGCAGUUCCCAGCAAGGCUGUGGGUCUGUCCCCGGUCCCUGCAUCUGUCCCCAUAGGAGAGUGCCCUGCUGCACUGUCCCGAGGUGCCAGGGCAGCUCAGCAGAGGGACUGGCCAGGAGGAGGUCCCAGAGACCCGGACAGCCGCGGAGGACAGUGCUGCAGGGGAGAGCCCUGUGCUUCAGCGUGGCCGGGCCACAUGCAGCUUCGGGAAGCAGGAGUUUCCAAGAGUGACCCGCUAAGGGCUCCUCUCGAGGGGCCAGGCUCUGCCCUGGAACUGUCCUGCGUGUGUCCCCUGCUGCUACCCGAAACACCACACGCCCAUCCUCAAGGCCUCCUGAGGGAUGCUACAAGAUGUGACCACCUUGACCAGCUAAAGCCUGUGCCCUCAGAGCAGACAAGAGAAUACAGGAACAUGCUUUCAAGUAUAAACUGUACCUCCAGUGGUCUGCGGGUAACACUGGGGUUGUUGCCUCUAUGACCUUUGAAAUUAGCAAAUCCCAUAGGCCAUGGUUAAGGUACAAGCAGAACAAUAAAAAUAGUAGCUUAAUUUUAAACGUUGUCUUAGAAUGAUUGUUUUGCAUUAAGUCUGUAUCCAAACAAAGCAGCCAUUCAGUUCCUGCUUUGGUUUGUACUGCUUGACAAACUUUAUAAAGUACAAGUCUAGUAUAAACUCGCUAAAAGCUAGGUAAUGCAGAAAGAAAUUGUUGAGCAUGUUUUAAAUUGUACUUGAAAGACAAAGAAUCAGGAACCCUUUCAGGAGAUUAAUAUGUUCAGUAUAAUAUCAGCUGGGAAUUUGGCUUAUCGUGAAGUUCUUUGUCUCUAAUACCCAAUCCAAAGGGCUACUGUUCCAGACACUGUCUGUCUCUUUAGCUGUCCUGUCACCAAAUGGAAGUGGAUAUUUGUAAAGUUUACCUGCUGUACUUUUAUGAAGCCUUGUUGAGUUCACGGUGAGCUGUUACUAUUUCUGCAUUUUAUAGAAUAAUUUCGGUCUGCAGCAAAUUUGACUUCUCACGCUCCUUUCUGCUUGAAAUGCAGUUUCAGUGGAGGCCCUAUGGUGAAAGUUGCAAUAUUAAAUUUAAAAUAAUCUUCUCAAGGGGGCUGGGGAUUUAGCUCAGUGGUUCUGCCGCCUGCCUCAAAAGCGCAAGGACCCGAGUUCGAUCUCCAGUACCAAAAAAGGUAAAAUAAUCUUCUCAAACUAGGAUUCCUAGCAGUGUUACCCUAAGAAAAAGGAGCUUGACUGUGCUGUAGCUCAGAUAUAGAGGCAGAUCAAGUAUUUUCCCUUACAAAAGUUCCCAGACCCAAGGAGUUGAGGUCUCUUUCACACUAAGACUUUUCUGAAGUAACUUGUUUGUUGAUAACUUUAAUAAAGAUCAUUUAAGAGUGUAAGUUUUUAAGGACUCCCAAAGUGAAGCUUAAAAUAGUCGUUUUGGGAAUGAGUGCAUAUAUCACUUUGUAUUGUGUGUUAAAUUACUAUGCUGUGUGUGCUAUUUUAGUGUUUUGGGAAAAUGGAGGAUAAAAUCUGUUUAGCAUAAUAAAUGUCUUAUUUUAACAUGUA